AUGGCGCCAAAUCUGGAUGACGACUUUGUAUUCACCAUCUCCGAUCACGACGAUGUAUCCGACGACGGUGGCGCCGACGAGCUGGCCGCAGCGACGAAACUAGCUGGGGCUGGUAAGAAGAGGAAAUAUACAGAGGAUCCAGACUUGAAUGUCAAGCCAAAGGAAAUGGCGUCCAAGAAAGCAAAAAAGGACAAGAAAAAGGGAAAGAAGCAGACUGAAGCCGCGCCACAAGCCGAAGAAGAGGAUGAGAUGCCACAACCCGGCGAAGACGUGGAGCAAAACGAUGAUAUUGCCAGCGACUUUGAGUUUGCGGUUGGCGACAUAGACACUGGGUUUGUCGAGGAAUUCGAUGGCUGGGGCAACGAAAACGGCACGGUUGCGCAAGAAUCAGGAAAGAAGAGCAGCACAGCAGUAGAUGUCGAUGAUAUCAUUGAGCGGAGAUUGAACAAGAAGAAGGCCCUGAAAGCCAUGGAAGAAGAGUCGCCGGAGUCAUCAGUCAAUGGCGACUUUGAGGGCUUCGAUGAGGAUGAUGAACUCAUGGCCGAAGACGGAUUCGGUAUGGGAGCUGCAAGCGACUCUGAGGACGAGGAAGACCAAGACGAAGCUUCCGAGAAUGAGGGUAGCGAACGCAAUGGAGGCGACGGCUCAGAUGACGACGAAGAAGUGCCGCAUGUGCCACAUCCCAUGGAUCUCGAGGGUGCCGAUACAGAGGAGGAGCAAAGCGAGGAGGAAGACGCUGUCGAGGCCAAGAAGGCAGCUGCCUUCUUUGCGCCGGAGGAGAGUGUGAAGAUCAAGAAAAAGAAGGGUGCCAAAGGUGCCACAGGGUCGUUCCAAGCCAUGUCACUUUCAAGACCAAUUCUACGAGGUCUUGCAUCAGUCGGCUUCACGGAGCCGACACCAAUUCAAAACAAGGCUGUCCCAAUCGCCAUGCAAGGAAAGGACGUUGUCGGUGGAGCCGAGACUGGUUCCGGUAAAACAGCUGCCUUCCUCAUCCCCAUUCUCGAACGUCUUCUCUACCGUCCGAAAAAGGUCCCUACAACGCGCGUUGCCAUUUUCAUGCCCACGCGUGAGUUGGCUGUACAAUGUUUCAACGUUGCUACGAAGCUUGCGUCAUUCACCGACAUCACUUUCGCACUGAUGGCUGGUGGUUUCUCAACAAGAGAUCAAGAAGCUGUGCUAAAGACCAGACCGGAUGUCGUAAUCGCAACACCUGGUCGUUUCAUCGAUCACAUGCAUAACACAGCUGCCUUCCAGGUUGAACAUCUUGAGAUUCUUGUACUCGAUGAGGCCGAUCGUAUGCUUGAAGAAGGGUUCGAGAGUCAACUGAAUGAGAUUUUGACGACUAUUCCCAAGUCUCGACAGACUAUGCUUUUCUCCGCUACCAUGACGAGCUCAGUUGAUAAGCUGAUUCGCAUUGGUAUGGACAAACCUGUACGGCUGAUGGUCGACGCGAAGAAGCAUACUGUAGCAGGUCUUACGCAAGAGUUUGUGCGUCUACGUCAAGGCAAGGAGGACAAGAGGUUGGCAUACCUGAUGUACAUCUGUGAGAAAAUCUACACAGAGAAAGUCAUUGUUUUCUUCAGGCAAAAGAAGGAGGCACACAGAGUGCGGGUUGUCUUUGCUCUAUGCGGGCUCAAGGCAAGCGAGCUCCAUGGUAACAUGAGCCAAGAACAGCGUAUCCAAUCAGUCGAAGCUUUCCGUUCAGGCAAAUCGGCAUAUCUGCUUGCCACCGACGUCGCCUCCCGUGGCCUUGAUAUCAAGAACGUUUCUACAGUCAUCAACUACGAAGCACCGCAAAGUCAUGAGAUCUAUCUGCAUCGUGUUGGUCGUACCGCCCGUGCCGGACGCAGUGGUCGAGCGUGUACACUUGCAGCAGAGCCAGACCGCAAGGUUGUCAAGCAAGCUGUCAAGGCGUCACGCGAUCAGGGAGCCAAGGUGGUCAGCCGUCAGGUCCCAAUCGAGGAGACGGAUAGAUGGAUGAAGAAGAUCAAAGACCUCGAAGACGAGAUUGAGGAAGUACUCAAGGAAGAAAAGGAAGAGCGUCUUCUCAGUGUUACAGAGCGUGACCUCAAGCGAGGCGAGAAUCUCAUCACACACGAAGAUGAAAUCAAGUCUCGACCAAGGCGUACGUGGUUUGAGUCUGAGAAGGACAAGAUGGCGGAGAGAGAGAAGGGAGCUGCUGCCUUGAACGGGGCUGUUGGAGGAUCAGUCAAGGGCAAGGAGAAGAAGAAGAAGCUCAGCGGAAAAGACCGCAAGAAGCUUGAAGCAAAGGAUGUCCGUACAGAGGGCAAAGUAUGGAAGAAGGGCAAAGCAGACCGAGGACUGACUACAGGUAAAGCCAAGGAGAAGCAAGCGCACCAGAAAGCAAAGUCGAAGAAGAUUGCGGAGAAGACAAAGUUCAAAGGGUUCAAGGAGUAG